GAGCAGCAGCGCAGGCAGCUCGGCCGCUGUUUGCUGUGUCGAUGCCCCCGGCACUUCCCAGGAAUGUGCCUGGCUCCGGCAGCCGGAGCCUGAGGAAGGGGGAUGGUGCUGGAUUCCACCAUGCCAGGACCGAAUCUUGGCUCAUGGCGUGACCCUGGGCACACUGAGCCCCGCUCCCCCCUCUCCCGGCGAGGUCCCAGGAUGAGGAUGGGAGGAACAGGAGCCCCUUGUAGGUGUGGCUGUGCCGGUGGGAGGGUGGCCGGAGCCCCCUCCUCGCCACAGCCCAGCCUGUCCCUUGGGUGCCGGUGUCAGCUCGAUGUCAGUCACCCCAGUGCCACCCUGCCACCUUCCCGUGACGUCUCCCCACCACGCGAAGGCUCUUUGCAGCUUCGGUUGCCGCUUCCUGCCCGUCGCGGGAGGGGAAGGCGCGAGCACAGGCAGGGCAGGGGCUCUGCCCACCCUGCCCGUCCCCCUGCCCACUCCACCGCCUCCAGCCACGGACACCCGGCCCACCGAGGCCGGACAGAGGGGACUCCAUGGAUGACGACCGUCCCCUCUUCACCACCUUCAAACCCAGUGAGGACAACACAGCCAAGCCAGGAGCCAACACAACCCCCGUCCAGCCCCCGGGAGCAGAGCAGUCCCCGGGACACCACAACAGACAUGGCAGGGUCCCACCAGGUUCCUUCUGGCCAUCCCCACCAGGCUGGUCCCCACCAGAGCUGGUGGCCCUGCGUGCCCAGACGAGGCUGUGGUUUGAGCAGACACAGGCCUGGAGGUUGAGGCCCGAGGGGGAGCUCCCAGUUUGGUUCCAUGGCUUCCUCAGUCGGAGGGAGGCAGAGCAGCUGCUGCAGGAUCGGCCCCUGGGCUGCUUCCUGGUCCGCUUCAGCGAGAGCACCGUCGGCUUCGUCCUCUCCUACAGGGGCAGGGAUCGCUGCCGGCACUUCGUGCUGGACCAGCUGCCGGACGGGCGGUACGUGAUCCUGGGGGAGCCGAGCGCCCACGCCGAGCUGGCCGAGCUGCUGCAGCACCACACCACGGCCCCCAUCGUGCCCUACCACGAGUUCCUCACGGCGCCCGUGCCCUGCACACGGGAAGACGAGCCCCGAGGAGGGACGCAGACCCCAGCUGGCAGCAGUGCUGCGCGUUCCCCGCUGAGCGAACCACCCGCAAAACUCCCGGAGUACAGCCCUGUGUCCCUGGAGCCCCCGGGAGCCAAGCCAGCAGCCCCGGUCCCCGCCCAGCCUGUGGAGCCCAGCGCCGAGGGGGGCUCCCCCAGGGAGGCUCGCAGUGCCCCUCCAUCGCUCCCAGCCAAGACCAGCUCCCGGGCCGUGGCUCAGGGGCCGCACAGCCCCGCCGGCAGCGCGGCAGCUCCCGAAGGUGCCUACGCCCGGGUGCACAAAGAAGCUGCUCCCCCCGUGCCCCCCGAGGCCAAGUACCAGCAGCUCAUGUGCUUCCACAUCUACGCCGAGCCCCGCGAGGGCAGCGCCCCCAGCCCCCCCACCUACUGCGAGCCGGAGGAGCCCAUCCCCUUCUACGCCAUGGCCCGGAGCUGCAGCCCCCGCGCCGCCCCCGAGGAGAACAUCUACUCCGAGGUGGCGCUGGCCCGGCAGGACCCGCCCGCUCCGCUGCCCAGGGAGCCCAAAGGCGCCUUCUCCACGCUGGCCCCCAAAUCCCGGCCCCACCGCCGGCUCUUCCGCAGCUUGUCCAGCCAGGAUUACAAGAGGCGGCAGCUCCCGGCGGCUCCCACCGCAGACGGGGCGGAGAGAGGAGCCUCCAGCCCGGGCACAGAGGGUGUGCUGAGCCCUGUGCUGGAGUUGGAUGACCCCAUGUACGGCCGGAGCACACGCAGGGCCCAGCGGGGCACAGCCACGGAUGAGAACGUGUACGAGCAACUGCCUGGGGACCAGCCCUGAGCCACCGGCACAUGGGACAAGACCUGGCUCCCAGGCAGGAGGAACCUCAGCCUCCAUCCCCCUGGAGGAAGACUUUGGCCCUGGGAGGAGACACCCAAGGCUGCUGUUGGCCCCAGCAGCCCUAUGAUGCUGAUCUGCUCCGUGCAGAGCCCUACACUCUUCUCAAGCCCUGAGGAACAGCACACAGGGGACUGGAGUUAACUUACCUGUGAACACAUUCCUCAUUCAUUAAAUGAGGGUGGAAAAGGCUAUUGCAGGAAAAACAGGGACAGGUUUGGCACAGUUGGUGCAUCCAGUGUUAAACUGGCUGGAAGCUGGAGCGACACUGAACCUCCCCAGCCUGGAGCUCACACUCCAAGUCCUGCCUGCUUCCUCAGCCACAAAACUUGGGAUAGCACCAAACCUGAGGACCAGCCCUGGCUGGUGGGAUGGUACAGAGCCAGGACUGCCCCGAGGGAUACCUGGUGGAGCACAAAUCCCAGCUGGAAUGACACCAAGCCACAGCAAUGCUGUCAGCAGCCCGGGUGUGCCCAGCUCGACGGGAGCAGGGAGCCGGGACAGCCAAAGCUCCUUCCCAGAGGGAAAAGGAGGACUGGGGCAGCUGUAGCUGUUUUUAUCUCUGGGGAAAAAAAAUCACUGUCACUGCUCACAAACCUGAAUUUUGUUGCUCUUAAAAGGCUGAAAGCAGAGCAGGAGCCCUCAGAACUCCCCUUAGUGCUAAACCUGAGCCGUUACUGCAACGUGAAAUGAGAGUUCCAGCCUCUCCCAGCUCCUUCCAGCACCCCCCAAACCCUGAUAAAGGGCAGUUUGGGCACACACAGGCUGUGCCCCAUGCAGCAAACACCCCGGGUGAGGGGCUAAGCCCCUUGCCAUGGAAAUGGGGCUGGUUGGCUUCAUUCAAAAGUUUAUUCCUUUAUCAAACCUCUUCUGGGAGGAUUUCGCUGUACAUACAAGAUAUGAAUAAAUUACUCAACAGUAA